CGCUCUGUUGACAUUGAUAAAAUUCUCAAUUUUUAAUCCGUCUUAAUCUGCGAUAUUAAGUCAUGUUAUGAAACAAGAAGUUGUCAGUGAGAAUCUAUACAACUAAGACUUACAAGUAGUAUCGCAAUUUAGCUGCAAGAAUGGACGAUUUGUUGAAAAAAGAGUUAAAUUCAUCUACCAUAGAAUUGGUUGGCAAAACCAGAGGUGGAGUUGUAAAUAACUCUGCUGUUUACUUGACAGAUGAUGGCACGAAGUACUUUGCAAAAUUCAAUACUAACCCAGAGACCAAAGCAAUGUUCUUCGGAGAAAAGGAAAGUUUGUUAUCCAUCACAGCAACUGAGGCCAUCCGAGUUCCGAAAAUAAUAAAGUUGGUUGAUCAUCCAUCGGGACAUGGGGCCGUUUCCAUCAUGGAAUACCUGGAUGGGCUAGAGCGUCUUUCAACUGAAGAAAUGUGGGCCCAGCUGGGAGACCGAUUUGGCAAAUUACACAGCCACAAUAUAAAGCUGCUUAAAAAGAAAGAGGAGAGCACUUCCACAGUCCAUUCUAAUGAAAGCGAGGCAGUACACAAGUUUGGAUAUCACUGUGAUACAUUUCUUGGAAGAUUUACUCCUGGAAAAGGAUGGUCUUCCAGCUGGCUGGAGUAUUUUUCACGAGAAAUUCUCAAACCUGUGUUCACUAUAAUUGACUGGGAGUUCCAUGACCAAGAAGUGCGGGAGUUGUGGUCUGAAUUACAGCUGUUGCUUCCAAAAUUCUUUCAAGAUACAGAAAUUCUUCCAUCUCUUCUUCAUGGAGAUUUGUGUGUUGUUAAUGUGGGCCAUAUUGGCACGGAAGUCGUAACCUAUGAUGCUGCCUGUAUCUAUGGCGAUGCUGAAUUUGACUUUAUUCAAGUCUAUGAGGAUGACUUCAGGUCGAAAUUUCACGAAUCCUUUUUCAAAGCAUAUCGACAGCACAUGCCAUUGGACAAGACGUCAGAAAAUCGUCGUAAACUCUACCACUUGUUUAGUCUGGCCAUCUAUUGGAUUCAUGGUCAUAGCACACUCCGUGACAAGACAGCUGAGUGUAUGCACGAGUUAAUUGCACUGGCAAAAACUUUGUAAGGGGACCCAGCAUCUUGUAACCAGAUAGGAUGUAUCACUCAUUUAAUUAGGCAACAAACGUUGUCAUCUGGUGGAAAUAGUCAAGAUUUUGAUAAGAGUGCAGGUCACCUGCUUCAGUGAUAUGAUACAUGUAUGCUUGACAUAAUUGUAUUUAUGUGAUUAUCAUUCAUUUAAGAAUUCUAUCUAUUUGAUGCAUUUUAUUCCAGAAAUGGAAACAUUCCUGUAAGUUGUCUGAUUUCAAAUAUGGUAAUCUGGUGUUUUUAAGGUGGUAUUGUAGUGAAUGAUUCAUACUGAUGUCAGAAUGACAUCAUUGUCCAUAUAUAAUGUUACAUAUAGUGUAUUCCUCUGAUAUACAUACACCUGUGUGUCUGUACUUAAUGUUAUUUAUCCUGGAUGCAAGUAUGAAUAUGUUUGUUGAGUUUACCUUAUAACGGUUCUGCUGAUUAAAGUCGGUAUGUCUUUGUACAGUUGUUGAUCCUGCAAUAAUGACUUUGAUUUGUUGUGAUGUCUUGAAGUUAAUGUCUGUGUUGACACAUGAUUGUAAAUGUUAGGACUUAUUCUCAGCCUAAUAUUCUCUUCCUUAUUUCGCAAGUUAUUACCACGGUGAAAAUGGAUUAUUUUCCUUUAUUUUUACCAAAUUUCAUGAAAAAAACUGACUUGGAGUAUCUCUUCAUGAACUUAUUUAUGUUGACAUAUUGUUGUCUUCCCAAAGAACUUGAUGCUAUCAAUAGUUUCAAAUGGAUAGUUCUAGCAGAUGCAAGAUUGUUUUUGAACUCCUGAAAUGAAUGAGAGGACAUUACGUGCCACUGAAUUGUGGGUAUUUAGGAAUCUAUAAUGUUGGUCAAUUUCUUUGUACUGUGUAAGAAUUUAUUUGACAUGGCUUUGCAUUUAUAACGUAGAACAAAUGUGUCUUCAAAGAAUAUUUUCAUUAACAAAGAGAGAGAGUGAUUAUUUUACAAGCUUUGGCAAAAGAUCAUGAUAUUUUUUCUGCAUUUUUUUUUGCUUUAUAGUGGUGCUUUGUAAUUGUGGGGGGCCAAGUGUGUGAAAAUUUUAAACCAAAGGAGCAGCAUGAAUUAAUCAUGCCAACUAUGAAAUGAUGCUGUUCCUUAAUAGAGGGUGCUAGAGGUUCAAGACUGGCGCAUGUGACAGGUGGAGUAGCAACACUUAAACUGUUUCAAAAGAUGAAUUGUGUAUACAAAUUAGCACUGCUAUGGGGCAUGCUGGAUGUAAUGUUAUAUAUUUCGUCAGAUUUUAGUAUUGUUUGAUUCUGUCAGGUGACAGAGCUUCUUCCAUUCCAAAAAAUAAUGACACUGGCAAUAUAUUUAUAGCUGUAGUUUCUUUCUUUUACACCGGAAUGAUUUAUUAAUAAACUGUUGAAAUUAUA